CUUUCUUUUGGAACAUCUUUUAAAUACGAUGAAUAACUGUUCUUUUAGCUAUACUAGUUAAAAAAGCAAUUUUUUCAAUGGUUUCCUGGUAUUAUGUUAUGAUGAAGGUGAAAAUACUUUAUAUCUUCAAAACUUAAAUAAUUCAAACAAUUAAUUUAUUGGAGUUGUAAAACAUAUCACCUAUCUGUCUACCUAAGACAAAUUUUAUAUAUCCUACUUACGCAACUAUUUAUGUGUACUUUUAAUAUUUGUUAAUGUUUUAAAUUGCGGUGCGGUACAAGAUAUUGGAAUCAUAAAUGUUUAUAAGUAGUUCCCCAAUUUAUUCAUUUCAGAUACAGUUGCUGCUCGUUUGGUAAACCGUCUGUUUCUAUAAAUAAGUAUACUUAUCAUCGACCUUUAAUUGACUCUUUAAUGGCACAAAACUAUUAACGUAAAAACAACAGGGAUUUACUUGCUUUUAUAUCUAUAUAAAGCAAACGCUUGUUGAAUUCUAAUAUCAGUGGCUCAUAUAUAUUUAUAAGUCGAACUGACUUUAAUACCUCAAUAUAGUUUUGUAGAAUGACUACCAAACUCACUGUGAUAAUUUUAAUUGUUUUUGUUGGAAUUUAUGAAGAAACACAAGCUGCAUGUCCUACGAUAAUAAGCAGGCAAGCAUGGGGAGCAAAAGCAGCUAAAUCCAAACAAAAUUUUGCCCAAAAUCCUCCACCGUAUGUAGUCAUCCAUCAUUCCGAAACGCCUUCCUGCACUACAAGUGACAGCUGUACACGACGUGUCAAAAAUAUUCAAGAUUUUCACAUUAACAGUAGAGGAUGGAGUGAUAUUGGAUACAAUUUUUUGAUUGGGGGCGAUGGUAAUGUUUACGAAGGUAGAGGUUGGGGUAUCCGAGGUGCCCAUGUACCGAAAUAUAAUAGUAGAAGCAUAGGAAUCUGCAUGAUCGGGAAUUUUCAAAGUAGUACCCCUCCGUCCAACCAAAUGGAGGCUUUAAAGAAUUUGAUUAGUUGCGGCACAGACAGUAAUAAGAUAGCUUCAGAUUAUCAUCUUAUUGGUCAUCGACAAGGAAAAGACACUGAUUGUCCUGGAGAUGCGUUAUACAACUUAGUCAAAACAAUGCCGCAUUGGGAUCGUAAUCCUAACUAAUUAUAAUAAAUGAUCAAAAUAAAAUGUCUUUUAAUGUUCAAUAAACACUAUUAUGCAGAAGUUCUUGAAAUGCAAACGGCUUAAUAAUGAAUUACAGAAUGAAUUUUUCGCCAUUUUUCAAAUUUAAACGUAUUUUAAGGUCUGUUUCAUCAAACUG